AUGAUGCUGGGCGUCCGCCCCAACGGAGGCUGCUUCCGACACGAAGCUGGUCGAGGGACCACUCGAAAUGGUAGCUGUACCACCCUGCAGUCGCAGUGUCCUCCCUUGUGUGGUUGUGUCGGAGGCUGGCUAGACAAUAGAAUGGUCCUUUUGAGCAGCUGUUGGCGGCCAAUCGGCUCCACAGGCCUCAAACCCUCGCUGGUGGCCAAAACAAACAGAGGACUUCAGAAAGAGAGUUGGACUGUUUGCUCAUCAAGUGCAGAGUGGAGAACGCCUUCUGCACUUACAGUUGAUGAACAGCAAAAUCAAGAGAGUGCUCAGUGUGCUCAGUGCACCGAGAUGCCUAGUAGAGAGGCAAUAAAGCCCGUUCGGUACUGUCUUGCUGGUUGUGCUGAUAGUAGUGGUUGUAGUGGUUGUGGUGGUUGUGGUGGUUGUGGUGGUAGUGUUGGUAGUGUUGGUCGUGGCGAUGACGAUGUCGAAGAUGAAGAUAAAAGACGAGGACGAAGAAGGCUAGGCUAG